UUGUGAAGAGAGUCCAGUCUGGUCGGCAUUCAAGCAGUGGCGACGGCGGCGCGCACGACUACAUAACUGCUCUCUCUCUGUUCCAAGGAUUUCGAGUUUUUUUUUUGUAUAUAUAUUUAUACCAUAUUUUUCUUGGAUCCAUCAUAUUUGGUAGCAUCAGGACAUCUUUGUUCAGAAUGAGACAAUUCUUAGUCUUGGUCUGCACUCUGGUGGUCGGUAUUUCGGCCCAGAGUUUGGACGAUUUGAUCUCCCAGAUUUAUAAGCCAACGACUGAUUCGCCCAACCUGCAGCCAGGUCUUCCCGGAAUCGGUGGUACCGGAGAUACUUGUAUCUGCGUACCAUACUACCUCUGCAACAGCAACAACACCAUCAACACCAACGGAGAAGGUCUCAUCGAUAUUAGGAUCCAAGAGUGCCCAACUUCAUUGGAGUUCUGCUGCAACAAACCCGACAUCACCGAGCAGAAGAUCACGCCGAAGCCGCCAGUGAAGAGGAUCGGUUGCGGUUACCGUAACGCCGAUGGUAUUGGUUUCAGGAUCAGCGGAGACGGCGACAAUGAGGCUCAAUACGGUGAAUUCCCAUGGAUGGUAGCUAUUUUGAGGGAGGAAGUCGUCGCUGAUAACCCAAACAAAUUGAACGUGUACCAAUGCGGAGGAGCCUUGAUCCAUCCAUCCGUCGUCUUGACCGCCGCUCAUUGCGUGAACGGUAAGGAUAAGAAGUUCAAGAUCAGAGCUGGCGAAUGGGACACGCAGACCAAGAACGAACUCUUCGAAAAUCAGGACAGGCUCGUCAAAUCAGUCAUCGUGCACAACCAGUACUACGCCGGAGCUCUUUACAACGAUAUCGCUUUGCUGAUCUUGGAAACGCCGGUGGUUAUCGCUGAGAACGUUGAUGUUAUCUGCUUACCUCCUCAAGAAUUAUCCGUUGAGAAUACCAGAUGCUUCGCAACCGGAUGGGGCAAAGACGUGUUCGGAAAGGAAGGCAAGUACCAGGUCAUCCUGAAGAAGGUCGAGCUUCCGAUCGUGAGCAGACCUACCUGCCAGGAUAACUUGCGCACCACGAGGUUGGGCAAGUUCUUCGAGCUCCAUAACAGCUUCAUCUGCGCCGGCGGUGAACCUGGAAAGGAUACCUGCAAGGGUGACGGUGGUAGUCCAUUGGUGUGCCCCAUUCCUGGUAAACCAAACAGGUACUACCAAGCUGGAAUUGUUGCCUGGGGCAUCGGAUGCGGAGAGAAGCAAAUUCCUGGCGUGUACGUGAACAUCCCUCUCUUCCGCAACUGGAUCAACGAGCAGAUGGCUGCAAACGGUUUUGACACCACCUCUUACAGCUACGAAUAAAUUGAACAGCAUCUUCACAUCCA